CAUGUUAAGACAAAUCAAACAAUAAGAACGAUGCCCAUGAUGCAACUCUUAGACCAGCAAGUUAAACCAGUAUCAGGCUCCGCAGAACCAAGAACGGAAGAAGGACAGAGAAACCAGGAAAUGGAUAGUGUGCUUCUCAUAUUGCUAUGUGCCCUUUGUGCUAAAGCAGGCACUGUAAGUAAUGCUCCAGUCAAGAUGGAGAUGGACACAUUUCUUAGCCUUGUGAAGGACCUGGAGUCUAGCUUCCCAGAACUUUCAGCUAGGAGCCUUUCCAAGCUCAUGCUUUCUACAGUAACUGUUCCAAGCCACUGUACAUCUUUUUCUAAAGAUCAGACAAACCUUACCCAGACCCUGCUGACUUACAAGGUGGUGGAGAUGGAAGACAGCAAAUUCCAAGAACAGGGGGUUGUGUUGGCCCCAGAUGGCAGCACGGUGGCACUAAGACCUCUACUACAGGCAUUUGUCUGGGGCUGGAAAGCAGGAACAGACUGUGAGCAGGUGGAGUCUAAAUAUAAGAGUCCUGAUUCUAACAGCCAAGGUGCACAUUCUGAGGAUUCUGGUUAUACAUAUGAGAAAAGAAAUCAAAAGGAUUUGUGUGCUCAGUGGUUGCAUUCUAAUCAAAACAAUGAUUCAAUCCAUUCCAGCUCCCUUACUAUUUCAUUAGGCUUAGCUUUCCUUGAUACUAACGUGGCCCUUGAUAAACACCUAGUAGCCGUUGAUGGGUGCUGGGACUCUAUCUCUGACCCAAGAACCUUCCAGUUACAAAAUCCACCUUGCCAUUCUGGUUUGACAAUGGCCUUUCUCAAUGGAGUCCUCGAUGGGACACUUCUUGGUGAAUUGCUUAAGCAAGAUCCCAAAGAACAGAAUCUUAGUUCUCUCCUUCUGGGUUUUUACUGGGGUAACGCAAGCAGUAGUCCCUACAGGAGGCAAGAUUUCCAGGCAAUAAUAUCUGGGCACAGUUUGGAGAGGCUUAUUCAGAGAGCUAUUCAUUGCUACAGAGAGAUGGAAGCAGGACACGGCCUACACAAUAUCAAUGAAGAGCAAAUAAAAAUUGCUGCUGGCACUGCAGCCAGAGAGUUUGAGCAACAUUUUCUUGACUGUCCUGCAGUCAUUCCUCGCUGUAUGUGGGGAGCCAAGCCAUACAAUGGCAAACCCACAUUCCUGAGACUCCCCCUGUCUCAUGUCUUCAUUCAUCACACCUACGAACCAUCACAGCCUUGCACGUCCUUCAGUGAGUGUGCCGCAAACAUGAGGAGCAUGCAGAACUUCCACCAACAGGACCGUUCCUGGGAUGAUAUUGGCUACAGCUAUGUGGUGGGAUCUAAUGGAUACCUGUACGAGGGACGUGGUUGGAACUGGGUAGGUGCCCACACCAGGGGCCACAAUACAUUUGCAUACGGAGUGAGCUUCAUUGGUGAUUACACCUCUAAAGUCCCCAAGAACUCCAUUCUGGCUUUGGUGAAGGAUCGCUUCCUAAGCUGUGCGGUCAGGUUGGGGUACAUUACCCCUAACUACAUCAUACAGGGCCACAGGCAAGUUGUUAGCACCAGCUGUCCAGGAGAUGCUUUGUACAAAGAGAUCCAGAGCUGGGACCACUUCAAGGAAUCCUAAGAGGAGCACAGGGAGCAAAGGUGCUGUCACCUUCUCUGCAGCCGCUAGGACCCUGAGCACUAUUCUCGCUGUUCAAAUAAAGCUCAUUUGUUUCGUGUCAUUUCUGAUGGCUUACCACAAAUUUGCAUGCCGCUCUUUCAUUAACCUAUUGUAUGCCAGGGGUCGUGCAUUAAAGCGUUUGUUUUUGCCAUUCUCUGGAA